AUGAAAAGUGCGAAUUCAAAUUAACUAUUUACAUCUGUCCCUGAUUCUAAUGAAAUAAAUGAAUAUAUCAAAGAAUACCUUAGAUAUUCUGCUUAUUCUAAUACCCUUGAAUGUUUUGAAGCUGAAAUUAAAAGUAAACAGGUUUCCAGUAAAGUAAUUAAUAUUCAUUAUUUAGAUGUUAAAUAAAUAACAAUAAUCCAAAUAAUCUAAUGAUGAAAUACCAAGAAUCUUUCAAUUAUUUAAAACUGACAAUGUCAAAACCAAAAGAGAAAUUAAUUUAGAAAAAGAACAAAAAUUAUUUAAUAAAAAAUAUCAAUAAAUAUUAUAGGCAGGUAGAUAAAUCUUCUCAGUAAGUAUUAAUCUUCUAUAAUUAUUACAUUCAUUAAAAGAGACUGCAAAAAAUGAAAAUCUAAGUGAAACCUUAGAAAAUUAUAAAAUUUAAUUAGGAAAAUAUCAUAAAGUCAUCAUCAAUGAAGGAAAACCAGAGGGAACUGAACUUAUUACUGAAUAAGUUAUGCAUGAACAUAAGACUAAGCUUUUUAAAAAUUACCAAGAUAAAAAUAUUGAUGGUAUGAUUGAAGUAUUAUUGUCUUUGAGAGUAAAUGCUCUAUAAAUUGCUCCUGAAUUAAGAAAAAAUUUAGUUUAUGAAUUAAUUAGAAAUGACGUUUUUAAUAUAGAAGCUACUGAAAAAUUUGAUUUCGUUGUUCAUCUUUUAGACAUCAAUAAUCAAAGUUUGAGACAUGCUAUCACUAGUUUGAUAAGUGUAAUUAGUAGCACUCUAAGAGGUGUUGAAUAUUUAACAUUUAAUGGUAAUAUGAUUAUUAUUGAAAAAAUAAUUAAAAUUUUAAAAGAAUAGGAAAAUGGAUCUGUUACUUAACGAUUUUGUUUAGCUAUUUUACAAAAAGCUAGUAUAAAGGAUACAGUAAUUCCAACAUAUGUUCAUAAUGAAAUGAUUCAAUGGAUAAUAUCAUUAAUAUAAAAAUCAAUAAACUCAAAGAUUCACAUUUUCUGUUUAGAUUUUGCUUCUGCUAUUUUGGCUAAUGUAAUUCAUACUCCUUACACUUUAUAAUAUUUAGAGAAGCAAUCAAGAUUUGCUCAUUAAGUAUAUAUAUAUAUAUAAAUUUAGGUUAUGGAAUAAUUACUAAAAUUUAUCAAAGAUUAAAUAUAAGUAAGUGUACUAAUGCAUAUACUGAUAUGUUUAUCAUAUUUGAGUAAGGAGAAUUUUGGAAAAUAGAUGGAGGAAUGUAGAUUUGUUGAGAGAAUAAGUGAAUUUGUUGAAUAAUAUAGUGUAAUAAAUACAGGUAUUAGAUUAGUAAUAUUAUAAGAAAAUGAGGCAGCAGAAAUUGAUAAAAAAACAGUUCUUGAUUUAUGUGCACAUAUGUUCCAUCCAAAAGAUAGUUCAUUAGAUAAUUCAGAGACUUUAGAAUUAAAUGAAUUGAAAACAGAGGAUAGAAUUAGAGAGUAUGAGAAUGAAUAAGGAGAAUUAAUAUUUGAAUGUUUUUAGGAUGAAGUAAGUUGA